GUGCCCGUCGUGCCGCUCGCGCUCGGCCUUCCUCCCACGGCAACGCUGGACCUGCUCCUGAGCCUCCUCGCCGUGCUCGCCGUGCUGGUCGUACUCGUGGCUCUGGCGGGGACGUCCCACCUUCUCCUGGUGCUGCUGCCUCGCAUCGGGGCUAUGCCCUACGAGGAGUGGGAUGAUGCCAAGCGGGCACAAGUGGCUGCAGACCUGGAGAUGGCCGCUACCUUCCCGUCGCAGGAGAUGCGCCACGACCUGCACGCCACCCCGCAGGGCCCCGCUGCUGGGCUCUUUGACCCAUGGGCCGCGGCGGCGGGGGCUGGCGCUCCCUCGCGGGCUCAGGCUGCUGCUGGUGGUGCUGUUGACUGUGGUGAUGAGGAGGAGCAAGCCGCCUUCACUCGGGCCUUUUACCAUGCCGACAUCUCCGCGAGAUUCCUGCAGCUGCGCAGUGAGUUCGACAACAUCGUUACCACGGCCAUCACCAACUCCGUCCAGCAGUCGAACGCUCCUAUCUUGGCCACGCUCACCACACUGCAGAAGCAGCUCUCCUCGCAGCACACCUCCAUCGAUCAGCAGGUCAUGUCAUCGGUGCGCCCUCAGUUCGAUGCUAUGCAGCGACAGUUUCAAGAGCAGCAUGAUGCCCUCUGCCGUCGCGUCGAUUACAACGAGCGGGACAUCGAGGCCCACGCCGCUCAGCUGGCUGAGCUACAGAAGCAGGUCGAAGAGCUCCGCCGCCAGAAUGAGUUGGACCGACAGCUACCUUCGCGGCCACCUGCCCCGCCUGGCUUCGACCGCGAGAUCGAUCCGACGCAGGUCAUUGUGGUCUCGUCCAAGCUCGUCGGUCUGGCUGGCGUCCGUGAGGUGGUCAACUCCCUCAUGGGUGAGCUCAACUUCUCUGAAGACGACUCGUACACGAUCAAGGCACUCACGCCGCUCCCUUCCAAAAAGUUUGCCGUCUGCUUCUCUGGGCCGAUCGGACUUGCCUCCCGCCGGGUGCAAAAGGCCCUUGCUAACCUCAAGACGGACGGCGCCUGGCGGGUCUUCCAGUGCCCGGCUCAAG